AUGGAUACUAAAUCUGAUGUUGACUCAAUUCAAAAGGCUCGUGAUGGAGUAAAAGCUGCAAGGGAUGCUAAAAAACUAGCUAAGCAAGCCAAAAAGAAAGGUCUAUCUGAUACUAAAACUACAGAAGUACAUAUAGAUAGCAAAGUAUCAAAUAAAACUAUAGAAAGUACUACUGAACAUGAAAAAACAGUUGGCAAAAGUAGCAUUGAUGAAGUUGACCGUGCUGAAAUAGGGAGUAUGCAAGACACCCUUCAAUUGUUAAAUUUAUUAAAAACAAAGUUAAAGAGUGCCUCACCAAAUGAUCAAGACAUAGGAAAUGUACCAGUAGGUGAGAAUUUGACAGUUAAUGAUGUUGUAAAUACAUUAAAGGAUAUUGUCAAUGUCGCAAAGGAUGUAGAGAAUGUCACGGCCAUCGUCCAAUCAAUGAAUGUUCAAAAGUCUGGAAAUGAGAAAGUUGAAAGUAACAUUAACACACCAGUACAAAAAGAAAAGAAACCUCAAAUAGAAGAAAAACCUGACAUCAAAGGAGAGGAUGACAAAAAAGGUGUAGGAGAGGGAAAAAGUAAGGCUGAAUUAAAGGCGGAGAGGAGGGCUAAACAAGAGGCCCAGAGAGCAGCCAAAUUAGCACAAACACAGGAAAAGGAACAGAAACCAAUUAUUAAACCUAAAAUAGCACCAGAAAAAGCUAAAGAGGUUGAUAUUAAAAAGGAAAAGUCACCAAAACCGAAAACAUUUGAGAAGCCGAAAAAGUCUCAAACAACACAGAAAUGCAACUGGUUUCAACAUCUUCACACUGUACAUGACAAGGAGGCUCUCAAACAAGUUGCUAUCAAUUCUAAUUUACACCCGGCAGUGAUAAAAUUGGGGGUUCAGCUCGCAUCGCGUGUUGUGAUCGGAUCCAAUGCAAGGUGUAUAGCACUGUUGGACGCACUUAAAAAGAUGGUCCGUGACUAUACCCUUCCAGCCAAGACAGAGUUCGCUCGAGGCUUAGAAGCUCAGUUGGCAGCGAGUUUAGCUUUUCUAUGGAAAAUGAGAGCUCCUUCAGCCUCUCAAGUUAACGCUAUCAAGCACUUUAGACACCAACUCACCCAAUUACCGAACAAUGUUGAUGAGUUUGAUGCAAAGAAGAAACUUCAAGAGGAAAUAGACAGAUAUAUUCGUGAACAAAUCGAUAUGGCGGGUGAAGCUAUUAGUAUCGCUGUGAGAAAUAAAAUAUCGAACGGUGAUAAUAUCCUCACUUAUGGGUGUUCAUCGUUAAUCGAACGAAUCCUAAGAGAAAGUCACGAAGCGGGGGUGCAAUAUCGUGCGGUCAUUGUUGGGAACAGAGUGAGUCAUUCAGCGCGAGAAAUGCUUCGACGACUUGUAUCUGCGGGUGUGGCCUGUACUUAUGUCGAUAUCUCGGCGCUUAGCUAUGUUAUGAAGUCGAUUAACAAAGUCCUUUUAGGAGCUAACGCAUUGCUGGUAAACGGUUCAGUCCUUGGUGCAGUGGGUACGCUGCAGGUGGCUUUAGUUGCGCGUGCGCACAACGUUCCCGUUUUGGUGGCAUGUGAGACGCACAAAUUUUCAGAUCGCGUGCAAACUGACGCAUUUGUCGAUAAUGAAAUUGGUGACGCUGAUGCACUAAUUGACAAGUCAGACGAGAACUCCCCUCUAAAGGACUGGCGUUCAAAUCCCAACUUAAAUCUUCUGAACUUGACAUAUGACGUCACGCCAGCUAGCCUCGUUACUGCAGUGGUCACUGAAUUGGCAAUAUUACCUUGUACAAGUGCACCAGUCAUUCUUAGAUUUAAAACUUCUGAAUAUGGAAUGUAA